AUGCGACCGCCGCUGCCGCUGCUGCUGCUCGCCGCGUGCGCCGCUUGCACAGCGCAGAUUGCGUGGACGCCCAUUUUCCUCGACGGUAGCAGUCAGGUAGACCUGUGGACGCAAGCAUCGACGGGCUGCGCGUGCCCCGGCGGCGACGGCGAUGAGUGCGCGUGCUGCGUGCGCGACGGAGCCUGUCCCUGCGGCGAUGUCGCGCCGACGCGGUGCGCGCAAUGCGGGUUGGAGCAGUAUUGUGCUAAUAUGUGCAACAUCACAAUCGACUCGCGGGUCCUCAAGAGCAAGUCCGGCAAAACGUUCGGUCAGAUCAAGUCCCCUUCCAUCGAGGGUCCUGGCGCGUGUUCCUACUUCUUGCAGCCAGAUGCUGGCCAGCGGGUUGAGAUACAACUGUACAGGCUUGUCUCCGUCGGCAAGUUUAAUGGCACCAGCUGUGUGGGAGGCUGGUUGCAGCUGGGCAGCGCAAGCGCAGUGCCCGCGGGAGGCGCUGCGGAGACGAGACUAUGCGGCGCCAAUGAGCGGUAUACGCCACCCGUAGUGCUGUUCGCCGAUCAUGGCGCUUCUACUUUAGAAUUUAGGAUAACAGAAAAGACUGUGAGGUCACAGUUCCUUGCUUUCUUCAGUUUUACAUCGCUAAGUAAUACCCAAGGCGUUGGGUUUCACCCGAGGGGCGGCUCUCGGAUACCCCACACAGAUUGCGAUUGGUUAUACCAAGACGUGUCGUGUCGGGGUCCGGGAUCCUGCGUGCUGGCCAGUCCUGGGUACCCGGGAUUGUACCCGCCGCACCGCCGCUGUCGCUACCUCUUCGCAACCAAUUCUGUUCACACCAGAGUCAAGAUCAUAUUCACUUCUAUUUUACUACCUAGAAAUCACUGUACAACGGAUUAUCUGACGUUACGGGCGGGUAGUUCGCCCUCUGCGUCGCUGCUCGCCACUCUGUGCUCCGAGCGCACGGCCACGCUCGAACAUCCCGGACCCAAUCUGCUGCUGGAAUUCAAUUCCGGACCAUUAGUGCCGCCGUACGACUACAACGGAUUUAUAGCCAAGCUCGAGUUUAUUGAGAGGAUCGACAGCAGCGGGGCUCCUCCCACUGUGGUGCCUGCUUCGCCGCCUCUGGCUGCACUUACUCAUCAUAUACAACAUGCGGAUAGGAUACCAGUAGAUAGUAGCGGGAUGACAAAUGAAGUGUCCGGGGGAAGCGGGACGCGGGUGGGCUGCGGCGCCACCGUCCGGGGCUACGGGCCAGGCGGCGCCCGCUCCGGACACUUCGACUCCCGGGCGGGCACGUGGCGGGCGCAGUGUGUCAUACACCUACUAGGAGCGCCUACCGACGUGGUCCAAGUAUCACUAUUUAAUUAUAAUUUAAGGUUACAAAGCUGUCGAUCUCAUAUUGAGAUCUUAGAAGGUCUUCAUGAAUUUGGUGGCAGAGGAGAAAGAGAUAGAUCCGAAAGAGGGGACCGAGCUCUUCUCAGGGUAUGUGGACCAGCCAUCCGCGAGGCUAGGGAUCCCGCGGGACGGUUCUUAAUACGUCAAGCUGUGACGUCGAAAGGUGCUAACUUAACAAUCCUAGUCCGAAGAGCAACCUCGCAAACUUCCGAUGAAGAGGAAUUUGUUGACGGGGCCUUUGCUUUUCAUGAUGAACAACACGAAGGCACAGCGUCUCCAGACGCCACGUGUGCAGCCACGCACUACGGGCUCUCGUCUCCAGCUCACGGGGGCGUGUCAGCGCCAUCACAUCAUCACAUCUUCUGGAACAUCGAGGAACGGCUGCUGUGCACGCACCGGUUUAUACCGGCUGCCAAUCAGAGCGUCACUAUUGAAAUCCAGCGUCUGGAACGCAUGUGGAGCGCGGAACCGACAGGCACAGCAGGCGCGGGAGGGUGUCGCACUGCUUGCGGGGACGCGGGCUGCGAGUGUCGCUCCAACACGCCACUCUACUACCACGACCAUGUCGCCCUGGUAGCUGGAGAUGGAACUCACCUGUCCUGCCUUUGUGGAGACUUUCAAGCGGCGUGGUUGCCGGUCGUGGUGCGCAGUUGGACGAGUGUUCGGUUGGAGUAUUCAGUGGCGCAUUACACAUAUGCGAGCCGCGGUUUUGAUUACGCGGCCGCAUAUAGUUUCAACGAUGACGCCAUGUGCGGUCAGCGCACAUACACCACUCACUCUGGUGAAAUAUCGUCGAGGAAUGUGUCGGUUACGGGUAGUCUGAACGAGUUUUUCUAUCAACAAUGCACUUGGGUAUUAGAUUCCAACGUUGAGCGGCAGUUGUUCAUUGACAUCACGUCUGAACAGGACAAGUCAUGCGGCUCGUGGAACAUAACGUUGCACGAGUGGUCGGGGCCGGGCGGUGGGGGCCAGCAGGACGGGGGCCUGGCGGCUGCCGCUGGGGACCUGCUCUACACGUUCUGUGCGAGGCACAAGAACCACACCUACACCCUGCCCUGGCGGCUCAAUACCGUCGUCAUUAGGUUAGUAGCCCUGUCUCGGCAGCAGCCGCUUUACACGAUUCGGUGGCGGUCGCAAGUGGUCCGGGCGAACACGCGGCUAGGCCCGCCGACUCCUGCGCCGGCCGCCUCUGCAGCCGCCAACUUCAUCUCCGUCACCAUAUACCUUUUAUACUACAUUCUGUGCUUACCAGUGCUUAGACUUUGAAACUGAUCAAAUGCUGAAAAAACUCUAAUACCUAAUGAUUCUAUAGUGACUAAAAGUGUAUUCUAAAAUGUGUAUGAAUAAAGACUUGGCUUUAUAAAGUGAAUAUCAUUCUCUACGGAGUCUGUUCUUGUAAGAGAAUAUUGCUAAGAACUGAAAUCAGGUAACUUCGAUAUGGACGCUUUAGUGAAAUCUAGUUAAAAGAUACGGAGUGUUUGAUUUUAGUUCGUGUGAUAACCAAGUUUGUGGAGGUCCUUUGCGGUACAAAUUAAGUUAUUGCCGUCAAGUUAUACACGUAUACUGAAGUAAACGGAUUACUAGAAUUUACGAUGGAUGUUUAUCAUUUAUGUGGUGAAAAAUUGAGGUGCUUAGAUCACUUAUAUUUAAUGUACCUACAGGUGAGAAAAAUAUUGUUUUGUCCUUAUUAAUAUGUAUUAGGUGCUGGCUUUAAAUCAACAAUGUAAACACGGAAAUUGAAAGUUUUACCUUGAAAAGGUACGUCAAUAUUUUGAAGCGAAUAUAAAUAGAUACUCUAGAUAUAAAUGCCAAAGGCGAGACAAAGACAAUGGCGCUUAAACUGCCAUCGAUCACGACUCAGAAGCAGAUACUUUCAGGUUUAAGGCUGUUUUAUCUACAAUGAAAAAGCGAUAAAGUAAUGACUAAAUUAAUAAAUAUAAUGGAUUAAAAUCCUUUGAGUCUCUAUUAAAAGUCCCUAAGCGAGUGUACUUUCAAUUUGCGUUGAUUUAUCUGUGGACAUAAAUCGAACUGCAGGGAGCGGCGCGGCGGCGCGCUCGGCUACAUGAAAACAAGCGCAUGAAUCAAACGCUGCGUCCAAAAUAUUCUAACCUAGCAAUAGUGUUGGCUGCUUGUUUAUUAUUUACUACUUUUAGCCAACGAAUUCCGUUUUUCUGCUUUUAGAUCCGUGAAAAUAAAAUUCACGUAAAAGUGGAAAAGAUAUGAUGAUUGUACUUUUAUUUUGAAGGUCAUUCAAACUCGUGCUUAAGAACAGGUAAUUUGUGGUUUGGUUUCAGUUCUAUUGUAACACAAUCUUCAUGUCAGAGUCAAUAUAUUGCGCCUUUUAUGUUUCGAUUGAUUGCAAAGCCGAAAAGGAGAACGGAGACAACAAAUGAAAAUUCGUCAUAUUUUUUUUUACAUGGAAACGUUAGUCAAAAGUACCGCUAGCUACGCUAUAUUGGUUCUUAGAUAAAGGAAUGUAAACUAUGUACGGUGAACUACGAAUGAACUAUGUAAAUAUUGAAUAUACAAGCUUAAACGAAUCCCUUAGAAUAGUCUAGAAAUACACCUCCAAAGACUUUUUGGAUAAGUAGAACAAAUAAUGUCGCUUCAAUAAAUUGUCAUGCUGAUUUAUUUUUUAAUGGUUCUAUAAUAUUAUUUUAUUUUAUUUUGUAAGUGUAGCGUUAAUGUGGAUAAAUGGCUGUUUAUUAAGUAAUUGUCUUACUGUCAAUUAUAAAUAUGUAGAUUUUACCUACUCUGUUAUUGUUUUCUUGAAAUUCGAUAUUUACUACUUGUCCGCCAAUCAUAUAAUAUGCUUAUAUUUUUAAAAUGAUCAUAUUUAAGUCACAACGUAAAAAACUAAAAUACUCGAUAUUUUCGGCAAUUUAGUAUUCAAACGGGAUUCCGCCGAACAAUAGCAUAGAAAUCACCUUUUGUAAUAAAAUAACUCUGAAAAGCAAUUAAAUCGACGGAAAUCAAUGCGUACGAAAUUAUAAAUGCACGAAAAAAUAUUUAAAUUUCUAUCACACGCAAUUCAGACACAACAAAAUAAAAUUUAAUCGUUCAGUCAUGGAUUUCGAGCACUUCACGGGAAUUGAAUUUGAAAAAAAAAUAUGGGUACACACAUACAAAUCUCACGGAUGGAUUUUAGUGGUUUGCUGAAAUAGAAAAUAAUACAUUUGAAGCUGUUAAUGUUUUUGCACGAUGUGUUACUUUUUUUAGAUGUUGUGCUUUUUAGAGAUGGUGAAAGUAUUUUACGCAGUAAAUAUGGAAUGCGGAAACUUUUCACUUGCCAGAUAUUGGGUGAAAUAGAUUCCAACGCAGGGAACUUUCACGUGAAAUAUUUAUAUUGGUUUUUACGAAUCUCGUUUUUAUUUCAUUUUUGUUUUUUGUUUCAAUUGGGAUUCUUUUUUGUACUAAAAUGCUAACAAAGGGUGGUCGCAUGGUCUGUUUUUAUUUCAUUAAAGUUUAAAGCAACGAAUGUCACAUAUGACACGUAGGAUCAGUGCGUUGACUACUGAUUUUACGCUUUUGUACCCUGUGUAUCUGAAUAAACUUUUAUUAAAUUUUUAUAAAUUAUUUACAUUUUGAUCGUAACUUUUGUGUUCUAUAUUUAUUGCGAAAGAUCCGUCUUAACAAGUUACAGUUCAAGCCAAUUAACUUUGCAUUUCUGAAGAUAGCCAUUUGACAUGCGCGGUAGUGUUUUGUUAAGGCAUUUGUAUUUUUUUUUUUUUUGAAACACGCAAGAGUUUAAAUAGCUAUCUACAAAAUGCAAAGUUAACCAUCGCGAAAUGUACAGCUUCACUAAAAACUCUAUAUACUUAAGUUGAUGAUUCAUAGCAAGUUUGUGUAACAUUUAAAUUAUCAAUUAUGUAAUUAGACAAGCAUUUAGUUUAGAUGUAAAUAGUUCGGACAAAGUUGGCAUUAUCUCUGACUUUGUAAAACUUUGCCGAUAACCCAAUCUUUGUCCUAUUUAGAUUAACUGAGGAAAGCUAACUUUAAUAGGUAGGUAGAUGAUUCUACAUAUAAAAUAAUGAAUAAUGUUUGUUACACUGAAAUAGAUAAAAUGAAAGCAAA